UGAACGUUACCUUUUAAGGACAAUGCCACACACACGCCACUAAAUAAAAACAGACUGCUCGUUCGGCUCUUUCGCAGUCAACUAAGCACCGCUGGGACAGAGGAACACUCGCGAGAUUUCACCGCCAACAACACCGGAGAUUCACCUGCACAGAAAUGGAUGACGAGAUUGCUGCCCUGGUCGUUGACAACGGCUCCGGAAUGUGCAAGGCCGGCUUUGCCGGAGACGAUGCUCCUCGCGCCGUGUUCCCGUCCAUCGUCGGACGUCCCAGACACCAGGGCGUGAUGGUGGGAAUGGGUCAGAAGGACAGCUACGUGGGAGACGAGGCCCAGAGCAAGAGAGGAAUCCUCACCCUGAAGUACCCCAUCGAGCACGGCAUCGUCAGCAACUGGGACGACAUGGAGAAGAUCUGGCACCACACCUUCUACAACGAGCUUCGCGUCGCUCCAGAGGAACACCCAGUCCUGCUGACGGAGGCUCCGCUCAACCCCAAGGCCAACAGGGAGAAGAUGACCCAGAUCAUGUUCGAGACCUUCAACACUCCUGCCAUGUACGUUGCCAUCCAGGCCGUCCUGUCUCUGUACGCCUCUGGACGUACCACAGGUCAGAGAAUGGAGUCUGCUGGCGUCCACGAGACGACCUUCAACAGCAUCAUGAAGUGCGACGUAGACAUCCGUAAGGACCUGUACGCCAACACCGUGCUGUCUGGUGGCACCACCAUGUUCCCUGGUAUUGCUGACCGUAUGCAGAAGGAGGUCACAGCUCUGGCCCCACCCACCAUGAAAAUCAAGGUACUUGUGAGGAAGUACUCCGUCUGGAUCGGCGGUUCCAUCCUGGCCUCCCUCUCCACGUUCCAGCAGAUGUGGAUCAGCAAACAGGAGUACGACGAGUCCGGACCUUCCAUUGUUCACCGCAAGUGUUUCUAAGGGGGAGAAGAGGAAAAAAAAAAAGUGUAUGGGAGUUGGAGGGAGAUUUUUGUUACUCAUCAAGCUUGUGUUCUGCCCUGGACGUAAACCUCUACAAACAGCUGUUACAUCAACCGGACGACAUCUUCAUCAUUUGCGUAAAUCACCUUGAAACGGCCGCCGGCGACUCUUGUCAUGUCAGUUUGUCGCUGGUCUCGUCUCUUCUCUGGGCUGUCAACUGAGUGUCGAAUAAAUGAAUAAAGUGCCAUAUUUGUUUA